UUCCUUUUUCCUUUUUCUGGCAGGUGAAAACCGGUGACCAGCAGUAAUAUUUGAACGUUAAAGAAGAAAACCUUUAAUCCAUUUCUCAUUUGUUGGUCACUGUGUUGUUAACGUUACCUGUUACACCUACCACUAGUACGAAAGAACCAUUCUUGUUUUGCCAACUCUUUGCAUGUGUGUGAUGCUUUAGCCUUUAGGUUCAAUUUUGUAUCUGUGUGUGAGGGAAUCACUUGCAUUCAAGCACUUUCGUCAUGAUUGUUCAGCUAACAGCAAUUGUUCUAUGCACAUACCAUUGAUGAUUCUGUUCUGAUUUUGAUGUGAAAGCUUGGUGUCUUAUAUCAGAAUUAUGGUUUCAGUUGAUAAUGGUAUUGGGAUUGGGAAUCUCAAAGAUGAAAUUGAAGAAUCUAAUGGGACUCCAGUGAAUGAUUUUGCUUCAUUAAAUCUUUCAACUUCUAGGGAAACAUUUCAGAGUUGCAGUGAAAAUCCUCAUAGAAGCUCCUUGAGUUCUCUUCUUGACAAAAUGAAGUUUGUUAAAUUUUGUUCUGCAUCUGCCAAAUUCAAACAGCCUGUGAAAGACCAGAUAUCACAAUCUGCGUCUUCUCCUCUUUCAGAUAGCCUAAAAUCGCGUUUCAGUAGCGUGUUUUCCCGGAAACUUGACUGGGGUUCAAUCAAGAAAAUGAGCUUGGAAUGGAUCAGAAACCCGAUGAACAUGGCGCUUUUUGUGUGGAUCAUCUGUGUUGCUGUAUCGGGUGCAAUUCUGUUCCUUGUCAUGACAGGAAUGUUGAAUGCGGUUCUACCGAGUAAGUCUCAGAGGAAUGCAUGGUUUGAAGUGAAUAACCAAAUACUCAAUGCACUGUUUACACUUAUGUGUUUGUACCAACACCCAAAGAGGUUUCACCAUCUUGUUCUUCUGUUCAGGUGGAGACCAAAUGACAUCUCUAGACUAAGAAAUGUGUAUAGCAAGAAUGGAACUCAUAAGCCUCAUGAAUGGGCACAUAUGAUGGUAGUGGUCAUUCUCCUUCACUUGAACUGUUUUUCUCAAUAUGCACUUUGUGGUCUAAACUUGGGGUAUAAAAGGGCUGAGAGACCUGCCAUUGGAGUUGGAAUUUGUGUAUCUUUCGCAAUCGGCGCGCCUGCGAUUGCCGGCUUGUACGCCAUUCUUAGCCCGCUCGGGAAGGACUACGAUUGUGAGAUGGAUGAAGAAGCACAGGUGAAAAAAUAUUCAUUUGCAUCCAAAGAUCAACAAAGAGUUAUUGAAAAAAAACCAAAUUGGAGUGGUGGAGUACUUGACAUUUGGAAUGAUAUUUCCUUAUCAUAUCUCUCACUUUUCUGCACUUUCUGUGUCUUCGGGUGGAAUAUGGAGAGGCUUGGCUUUGGAAACAUGUAUGUUCACAUUGCUACUUUCAUGCUGCUGUGUAUGGCUCCUUUCUGGAUUUUUGUAUUGGCUUCGGUUAAUAUUGAUGACGACAAUGUUAGACAGGCAAUAGUAGCUGUUGGAAUUGUCCUUUGUUUUUUCGGUUUAUUAUAUGGCGGGUUUUGGAGGAUUCGAAUGAGAAAGAGGUUCAAUUUACCUGUCUAUGACUUCUGUUUUGGCAAACCUUCAGUUUCUGAUUGCACACUUUGGCUAUGCUGUUGCUGGUGCUCUCUUGCUCAAGAAGCAAGGACUGGGAAUAACUAUAAUCUAGUGGAAGAAAAUUUCUGCAGGAAAGAAAUUGAUAGUGAACAACCUUCAAUUUCACCUUUGGCAAGGGAAGAUGUAGUAGUAUCAACUAACUCUUGCACAAAUUCUCCUCUGGGUAACAACUCUUUCCCUUCUGUGAUAAAGGCAUCUAGUCCUCAAAGUUCAAGCAAUGUCUCAAAGGGAUGCUAUAGUCCAGUUAGGCUUCUAUGUACUUUAGGAGAAGAGCAUCUUGAAAGAGGUAAGGAUGGAAUGAUGAACCCGCCGACUCCACCAUUUAUACAUAGAGAAGCUCCUUAGUCCCACAAAGGAAUGGAGGAAUGGUUUUUUUUUUCUUCUUGCAACUUAUGUAGCUAUGUAAUAUGACAUUAUUUGAGAUGAGCCCUUUGUACUUAUAGUGAAUUGAUCAGCUAAAUCAUAGUUUUUUCUAUUUUAA